AUGACGGCAGCCGUGGCGGUGACUGGAAGCAUGAAGAUGUGGGAUUGUACUGGGUUCGACCACGGAAUCGUUGUUCUCGGGGAUAUGAAUAAGUGUAGAAUCUCCAACUCCGUGAGGGCUGUCGUGGGUCUCUAUGCAAACGUUCGGGAGAGAAUCCCCGACGACGCUCGUGGAUCUCUUCAACAAACCGUGCACUGGGGACUCGACGAGAAGACGGGGUGUGCAAGAAAGAUCGUUCAUCCCGAUGAAACGAGCCUGGAUACUGUCGAGGGUGCGGAUAUGAAGGUGACGGCGAGCGGUUGCGUCGGGGAAGAGUAUCGAAUCCACGUCUCCCCCGUCGGUAUUCGGAUGCACCCCAUGCACCUGAAUAGGGAGACUGAUACCCAGAGCGAAGCGGCGUCUCUCGAAUCCGACGUGAUUGAACUGCAUGAGCUGUGGAAUCUCUGCGGUUAUAUGUGCGGUCCUCGCCAUGGUCGACACCAAACAUCGACCGCCAAAACCGUCUUGAGCGAGAAGGAUUUGCAUCCAUCUUGUUGA